AUGAGCUCAUCGUCAGAAGGCAUGGAGGACAUCGAAAGGCUGAAGCCGAGGCGAACUGUACAGCGAGGGCGGAACACGAAGAUAAUCAACUAUAGCAACAAGAGGUUAGAGAAGAUAAACGAGGAGAUAGAUCCACAAAUACCGAGCGCUGAGAUAGAGGAAGAAUAUUCCGUGAUUGCUGAGUACGAAGAUCAAGCUCUCAGCGCACUUGCACGACUGAAGUGUGCGAUCAACAAGCUAAAUGCCGGACGUAUAGCGACUGCUCCGCAAAAUGUAACUGAAGCAGGCGAGGAAUCCGCUGCAACUGCUAUGGUGACCAGCAAUAUACGUGCCGCGCUUUCCACAGGCACAGGGGGUAUAAAGCUCCAGAAACUGGAAACUGGAAACCUGGCAACCGUUCUGGGAGCAACAUUCCGGGCUUGGGCUGUGACUGACACGGACUGCACCUAUUUGCGAGGCGUCAUCGAUGGUGGCAGUCAAAAAACCUUUGUCAGGGAGGACAUCUCUGGGAGACUGGAACUGCCUGUGUUAAGAGAAAUCGACCUUCGACUGAGCACCUUCGCUGUCAACGCACCAUCGCCAAGUCAGCGUCGCAAUGUAGUGCGACUCAAGCUGAAAAGCCAGUUCGACAAAACGGAAGUGACACUCGAAGCUAUGGAGAUUCCCUUCCUAAGGGAGCGCGGAAUGGACAUCGCCGACAGAGUCUUGUUUCCAAGCGUUCAUCGAGAUACAAGAAUAUCGGUGCUCAUCGGCUCAGAGCAGCUUUGGAAGAUCGUAAAAGGGAACGUGCAGCACGAUCAAAACAACAGUGCGAUGGUUGCCAUCGACACCUCGUUGGGAUGGACUUUUCAGGGGCCCAUGAAAACCAUGAGCUCUGUAUCCGAGCAGAACGACACCCUGAUUUGCGUUCUACGCACUGCCGUCGACACCGAGGACGACACAUCAUUGGCGCUGCGACGUUUCUGGAACCUGGAGGAUCUUGGAAUUAAUAAUAACCCAACACCAGACCGAGAUGACCAAGAUCUUAUGCAGCGUUUUGAAAGCUCGAUUGAGUUCCAGAACGGUCGUUAUCAAGUGAAUCUACCCUUUAAACAACUGUCCGGGGUAGACCUACAGAACAACAGAGGGGUAGCGCUCGAACGCCUGAGCACGAGAAUGGCACGAGACUCAGAGAUGCUCGCCAGGUACGAUGGAGCCAUCCGGACGUACCUAGAGGAGGGACACGCUGAGAUGGUUAAACCGGCGUCUGAUGAAGCGGACACAGGACAGGUGUACUACAUGCCCCACCGACCUGUGAUUAGGGAGUCUUUAGCCACCACUAAGCUGCGCGUCGUCUUCGAUGCAUCGUCGCACGUUAGCGGUGCACUUUCUCUGAACGACUGCCUCGAGAAGGGACCAAAAAUGGUGCCUGACCUUGUCCGGCUGCCCUUGAAGUUCCGACUGCACAGAAUUGCCAUAACAGCGGACGUGCGGAAGGCAUUCCUGCAGAUUGGCAUAAAGGAAGAGGACAGAGACGUCAUUCGGUUCCUAUGGUGUUCUGCACCUCCGACUCCUGGCCACGAGAUGCCUCCGGCGGAAGAAUCGAGAAUGACUGCGAUAGCUUUUGGGACAGCAGCGAGUCCGUUUCUACUAGCGGCAACCCUCUCCCAUCAUCUCAGACUUAUCAGGGAGGAAUUUCCUGAGACUGCGGCAGUGCUAGAGAGCUCCAUCGCUGUUGAUGACAUGAUUAUCGGAGCUGCAACAUUGGAGGAAGCGCUGCGCAUCUGCUCUGAAUCAAUUGACAUUUUUAAAAGGGCAGGGAUGGAGCUGGGAACAUACCCAAAAGACGUGACCCGCGCACUGGGAACAACUACUGAAACAAAGGUGCUUGGUGUCGUAUGGAAGAGAGAAGACGACGUGUUCAAGUUCGACACCUCUGCCAUCGUUGAGUUCCUCACGACUCCAAAGAACACGAAACGAUUUUUGCUUCAAGCAACGGCCAGAAUAUUUGACCCUUUGGGAUAUCUCUCUCCAUUCGUGAUCCGCGUGAAGAUACUGUUUCAACAGCUCUGGGAACUCGGUAUCGAUUGGGACUGCGAACUACCAGAUGAUCUCAGCUCAGAUCCGCACGCGUACGAGGCUGCUGUGUACCUGCGAGUGCGGACGGAGACUGGACAAGUGCACGUGAACCUUAUGCUUGCUAAGGCACGAGUACCCCCCGUCAAACGGCUCACGUUGCCACGUCUUGAAUUAAUGAGUACCCUGAUUGAAGCUAGGCUACUCAGCUACGCUGCAGAUAUUCUCCACGCGCCUGCAGCUGAAUACUACACGUGGACGGACUCCACAACACCGCUAAGCUGGAUUCGAUCAUCAGCGAACAGAUGGAAGCCCUUUGUGAGCAACAGGGUUACUGAAAUCGAAAGCAUCACCGAUCCAUCGAGGUGGAGACAUUGUCCCGGCCACUGCAAUCCGGCCGACUUGAUAGCAAGAGGCUUCACAGCUGAAAUCUGUGUUUCGAGCUCGUUGUGGUGGAGAGGACCGGAAUGGCUGCAGCGAGAAGAGGCAUGCUGGCCGGAGCUUUAUGCUCAUGUGGUCACUAACGACAGAGCACCGGAUGUUGUCGAUGAAGAACGAGCGGGAGCAUCCUCACCACCACCUUAUCUUAUAUUGGGUGUGGCAGAUAUCGAAGGCCCGCUACUGCAACUUGAGCGCUUCAGCAAGCUAUCAAGGGUAUUGAGAGUGACCGUAUGGAUCAUGAGGUUUGUGGCGAAAUGCCGCUGA